AUGGCCUCUCCGGGAGAGCCGUCGCCUGACUCUCCGAGUGAGGCCAACAAUGGCAACUUCCCCGCCGAGAAGUCGCACCAUGAUGACCGAGACCUUCGCGAAGUAGUCACCGAGGGCGACCACGAUCGACCGAAUUGGUGGCCAAAGGGAAACGAGGAGCUACCCAACCUCAACAUCCCCAAGUCUGGAAUCGUUGAAACAAAGAGAAAGGAGAUUCUCAACAGACACGACCUCACAGAGGGUGACUGGAAACUCCUUCAACAGGACGGUACCACCCCAAAGUCAACCCCUGACGUGUCCAGCAUGAUCGCCAAGGUCCAUCGAGAAUGCCUGGACGGUUCAGAACUUGCACAGGCUCUGGAGAACGGAGUAUUUCCUAUCCCACCCGAGGGAUUCAACGUUGUCCUCAAGAAUGAUCAGACCGCCCUUCACACAACGGGUUCCAUUCGGACUAAGCAGGCCUGGCCAGCUGAGUACAAGGAGGGCGAGUGGACAACUCAUCGCCUGGGCUUCUCCAUGGAUGAGUGGCUGCGUGCCAUCAUCGCAGUGACAGGAUACUACAACGAGAGGGUGGCUGCAGCCAAGAAUGGAGGCAUCUACCGGUUUGAAGGCAAGAGGAUAGCCAAGAACAUUGAACCCUGGAAAUGGAUUGCUCCCGAUCUGGCCGCAGCGGGGAAGCCGCAGGACGCGAAGCUGCUUGGUCUUGAGCACUCGGCCAAGCAGCAGCAGAUAGGGGCCAAGAAAUCACGGGGCCGUCAAUCUACUGAACAAGUGCAGCAGUGGAAGAUUGAAAGGGAGUUACUGCAGCAGAAACUUGCAGAGGAAGUGGAGGAUUACGAUUUUGCGAAGCAGGACCAGAUUCAAUACGAGCUCGACCUCAUCGUCGAGGAGAUCUUCACGGCAGAAAGCGACGAAACAGCUCCUGUCGAGGAACGGCGCCCUCUCAGUCAAGCGGACCGCGCAGUAUUCAUGGAAACACUUGAAGGGUCUAUUAUGCAUGGCGUCGUUGUUGGCAAGUGCGACCCGAUUGAACUCCCGGAUGUCAGUGUGCUGGGCACCAUGGAUGACACCAAGGCAAUGAUGUUCGACACCCACAAUGAUGCUUUGAUAUCAGUUCCGGAAACUAGCGAAGAAUCGGGCACAACUGCACAACAACAAGUUGGCGACGAGGAAGACGUCAUCAACAGCGAGGAGACCGAGGCCUUGAACGCCAAGCUCAGAGCCGCCAGACGGAAGGAGGCACAUGUCAGCAGCACGGCCAUCAUGAGCGGUGGCGCGCAUGUUGAAUACGAUUCCCUGGAGAAUUUCCUGAGAGAACUCCAUCUGUGGCGUCACCGCGAGGGUGACGAUGACUUCUAUCUCCGGAUUCCCACAGAUAGGUUGGGCGAUCGCUCCAACUCGGAUGGGGGGUACUGUUGGUAG